CCUGGAGCUGCGGCUGGCAUGGGCAAAUGAGAGGGGCGUUGAAAGAGCGACGCUGAUUAGUGAAUCUAGGACCGCCUGUAUGAAAGCCCACUUGUGAUUCGUCCUGAGCAGACCAAAACCCCCGUGGGCUGGAACACGCGGAACUGUGAGGUGUUUGGAACAGCUGUAAAGGAAAAUGAAAAGGAAUUCCCCAGAAGUCACUUCACUCUUCUAACCCACUGUUUUCUGCUGCCUUCAUGGGCGUGAGUCUGUGAAAAUCCUGGCGUGGGUGAGAUAUCUGUCCCCCACCACAGCUGCACUAGGGCCAGGUUACUCUACAUGAAAUCCACCUUUAUACUGGAUGAUGGCUGGCACUGUGCUCGGCGUGGGGGCCGGUGUGUUCCUCUUAGCCCUGCUGUGGGUGUCGGUGCUGCUGCUGUGUGUGCUGUUGUCCAGAGCCGCCGGGGUAGCCAGGUUCUCUGUCAUGUUUGUGUUCCUCGGUGCUGUAAUCAUCACGUCAGUUCUGCUGCUCUUCCCCCGAGCCAGUGAAAGCCCAGCCCCAGAGGUCGAAGUGAAGAUUGUGGAUGCCCUUUUCAUUGGCCGCUAUGUUCUGCUGGCCUUCCUCACGGCUGUCUUCCUCGGAGCUCUCUUCUUGGUUCUAACUCAUCAUAUGCUGGAGCCAGUCUAUGCCAAACCACUGAGGUCCUGCUGAGCCCUACUGGUGAAAACCAAGACCUGGUGCUCUCCGCCGCUUGGUGUCACUGGUGAACAGAAAGACGCUGUUCGGAGCCUUGUUUUGACAGCCUUCAUGCCUGGAGAUCCGGUGACUAUCCAGUCAUCACUGAGACGAAUCUCUUGAGUCCUGGUUUCCGGACACCGGGCUGCAGAAUUGUCUCUUUGGAGACAGAUCUCAUCAACUUGAGAGGGAUAUUGCUGUCUUCUUAACACCUGUCCCUUGGGUUCUCCAUCUGUUUUGUAAGGGAAAUAGUAACGGUAAUCUGCUCAGAGUAGAUUUUCCAUCAAGACACCAGUAAGUGGAUUUGGGGAAAAGACGCACUUGGUUUCUGCUAUCCAGCAAAUGGAAAAAUGUGAUCCUUUUGAUAAUACAUAAAAUUCUUAGUCAUGAGGUUGGGCUCAUUUGGGGAGGACAGGCACUCAACACUCAAAAGGGUGUUUUAAUGUGAUGACAGAAGCCUUACCGAGGUAUGGUUAUUGACCAUUCUGUGCAUGUCAUGCCACAGAAGUCACUACAGGCGGUGAUGUCCUGCCCUCUGCUCUAAUAAAGCAGUGCGCACCAACCAGAGGACUGGCUCGCACUUCAAAUUCUUGGCCACAGCUUUCUGAAUCUGUUUCUGUAUUUCAGAUUGACUAAGGGAUUAGAGGAAGGGUGUGGAAGUGUUGACUGUCUGUCUUGCUGCUGUGGAUCUCUGGGUUCUGUUUCUUCCAGGGUUUGGGGGCCUCCGUGUGCCUUAUUUAACUACCAUAAGAGUCCAUUUGGGGUUAGUGUCAUCUAUUUCGUCUUUGCAGCCCUUUCUCCAAAGCUGGUGAGGAAUGUGUAUUCCCAGGAUUAGAUACAACUUUAUACCUGUCUGAGAUCCUAGGCCAAGUGAAAUUUGUCACUAAAUGGAGGGGUUCUGGGCUGGUUCCACUUUGGCAGUCUCAUCCCAACCCCCUAAAGCUGUUUGAAGAAGGAUCUUCUGUCUUAAAGUUAAGAACCAGAAAACGAGUUGGAAAGAACUUUGAGUACAUGCUAUAUGCUAGCAGUACAUUAGUUCCUUUUAAAUUGAAUUUACUUAAUUUUUACAACAAUCUAUUCAUUAUCUCCCCAUUUUUAAAGUAGAAAAAAAAAUAUGGCAUAAAAGACAUUAACUAACUUGCCCAAGCUCCACAUAACGACCAGCGUGCACACUCAGGGGCGGCAGUCUCCACGACCUGUCUUGGACUUAAACCACGCUGAGCUUUAUGGAAUUUUGAUUGAGAGAGGAAGUUAGGGCCACUUCUCAGCUUUCUCUCCUGGAUCCUCUUGUCAUGGUAGAGAAGGUACCCAGUCCUGCCACCCCAGCAGGGGUUAAGCUCUACACUACAAGUGGAGACUGGUGACUAUGGGGAGUCAUGGGAUGAUGAGGGCCAGGUGCACUUAUCCUUAUCCCUACCCUGAACUGUCUCUAUCUUAGUUUGGAAAAACUUUGCAGAUAAGGCUUUGUCACAGAAAGCUUCAAAGGAAAUAGUUUCUCAUCUGGCCUGGGGCCCUUAGGUAAGAAAAGAAAGAAGAAACACCUCUUCCCUCCCCCUCACCCCACGCCCAUCCCAGCUGACUGGAGGGAAAAGGGAGAAUGCGGAAGUGUUGAGGGAAGUGGGGCAAGCUGGAGAGUGAUGCUGUUGCCGUCUCUGGACUCCGGCAUGAAGCCUCCUGAUUCCGGCGCAUCUGUGCAGGGAUGUCGGCCUGCCCAGAGCAGCAUGGACUCCUAACAACGCGCAGGCUGCCUCUGUCACCUUCUGAGAGGCUAGCUGAAAAAGCAAAUCCAGGAAGACUCCUGUAGGUUCCUGACCAUGAGUCCAUCGUUUUUAUUCCUCAAUAAAGGUGUCCAACUAUUAGAUCAGU